UUUCUGGAAAGUGGGAUACGGAUUGAAACAUCCUACGGGCUGAGGGUGGGCUCGGCCCACGGAAUCCUCGCCGCCACCCCCAGGAAAAAAUCCUCACCCGCCGCAAACUGCACGGCGAGCGGUGCAUACUCCUUGCCCGGUGUUCUUUCCCCCGCCGCCGCAGCAGGAACCGCCGCCGGCAGUUUGCUCUUCAAGCUCGGAGCGUUCGCCAUGCCGCCCCCGCCUUGUUCUUCGGCUCCUUCCCGUCUACUCCCCAGUCUCAGCCUCUACUCUAGGCGAACCAUCGCAGCCGCCGCCACCUCGCCCGCGCCGGCAGGAGGGCACGGCCGCCGCCCCCUGCGCUACGCCAUCCUCGGCGCAGGCUUCGCGGGGCUCUCCGUCGCGUGGCACCUUCUCAAGCAUAGCCCGAGGGAUUCCCGCGUGUCUGUGGAUAUCUACGACGAGAAAGGUGUCGGGGGAGGCGCGUCGGGCGUCUCGGGAGGGCUUCUCCAUCCCUACUCACCUAAAGUAAAGCUUCUCUGGAGGGGUGCUGAGUUCUGGAAAGAGAGCAUGGAUCUCCUCCGAAGCGCAGAGCAAGCAAAUGGAACAGCCGGGGCAGAUACUACUAGUCAAGACGAGAGACUUAUCUGGAGAAGGGGAAUUGUGCGGCCACCUACCACUGAGAAGGCUGCUGACAUAUUGCUGGAGAAUGCUCAGAGUUGCCUCGAGAGUUGCAGCCUUCAAGUGCUUGACUCUGACGCCGCGCAGCGCCUGAUCCCUGGGUUGUGUGUUCCAUUUGACUUUGCAGUUUACAUGCCGCUGGCACUGAAUAUCAACCCAAAGAAAUAUUUACAGGCACUGUUCUCAGCAUGCCAAAAUCUGGCAGAUGAAGCAUCCUCAUUACCAAAUGAGCAGAAAGAGUUCAAGCUUUACAGGCAACAUGUCGAUAAUCUACACCAAUUGGCAGGUGAUUAUGAUUCAGUGAUCAUCUGCCUUGGGGCCAAAGCUUGCUCACUUCCUGAACUAGCAAAUAAGUUGCCUCUUAGAACCUGUAGAGGAGUUAUCGCUGAAUUCCAGUUGCCAUCAGAUACAGUGGAAGAAUACGGUAAUCAGAGCCCUUCGAUCUUAUCUGAUGCAUGGAUGGCAUUCCAAGGUCCCCGUACAGUUUCAAUUGGGUCAACUUGGCAAUGGAAAUCUGAGAAUUACUCUUCAACUGUAUCUGAUGAAGAAGCUCUUACUGCAAAGGAUGAGCUGCUCCCAAAAGCUUCUGGCGUUUAUCCAGGAAUAAGUAAAUGGGAUUUUGUACACGCAAGGGCUGGGAUACGAGCCAUGCCUCCACUAACAACUAAUGGAUCAUUACCACUUUUGGGUUGUUUAGAUGAAAUGGUAGGCAAGAAGAGCAACUGCAAAUUUUGGCUAGUUGGUGGGCUUGGUGCGAGAGGCCUUUUGUAUCAUGGUUUGGUUGGGAAGCUGACUGCCAAAGCUGCUAUUUGCUGUGACGAAAACGUAAUACCUUCUGAGUUCACUUGCUGGAAGGGGAUUAAGCCUUCGCAAUGAAUACAUUUGUGCGGUUCAAAUUUGAAGCAUGUUUCGGCUUUAUCGAGGAUGUUCAUCAAAGGAUAUCCUUGAAACUUGUAGAUGAGUUGAAGUCCAAGGAGGAGGAUGGUGCAAAACCCAUGGUGCUAUCCGAGUGCAGUGACUAUACAAAGGCCUACUGCAUGUAGAAAUCUGAAUCCCGAGACAUUCCCAGUCUGUCAAGGCACAUGCAAUGCAACAGACGCUGCAAGUAAGCUCAGGUUCUGCUUCAGAUGUCUGAGCUUGCUGUUCUAGAAUUGUGCCAGUCCCAUAUGCUUUCGGUGGUGAACUCAAAUGUGAGCGCUGAAGCUCGGGUGAGCUGCAAGUCUCUUUGCUGUCCCAGGAAAGCAUUGGUAAGGCGUUCAACGGAGGUCCGUCGCCACAUUUGCUUGAGUUUCAGAUUAUUCUUGAAUUGCUUUAGCGUUUCUUUUCUUAAUUUUCUUUUGUGUUUCUUUCAGCUAGUAGAAUUUUGUUCUGUAAACCUCUCAAAGGUUGUGAAUUUUGCAUGAAUUGAGUAUUUCAGAUCGGUAAAGUAUUCUGGCAUUCACGAACCAGUUCUCUCU